AUGUUCAGUAAAUCAAUCUUACUCUCAUUAGUUGCUGCUUAUUUAGCCCUUGUUGGUGGAGCUGAAAGUGCCACUAAUUAUUUAUCAUGUUCACAAAUGCAAGCUCUCGCUGCUCAAUAUUUCCCAGCUCAAUAUCAAACCGAUAUGAUUUGUAUUGCUCAAAAAGAAUCAUCAUGGAAUGCUGAUGCUACCAACCCAAGUUCAAGUGCUACUGGUUUAUGGCAAUGUCUUGCUAAAACUCACUGUGGAGAACUCUGCAAAUGUUCAGGUGCUGCUGAUUUAAUGAACCCAGAAGUUAAUGCUGCUUGUGCUGCUGCUAUCUUAAAAGCUCAAGGUCUCAAUGCUUGGACUACAUGGUCAUCAGGUAAAUGUAACGGUUGGAACUCUUGCAUGGCCAGCCCAACUUCAUCCUCAUCAACUUCAUCAUCCUCAACAACUUCAUCAACUUCAGGUUCAGGCUCAGGUUCAGGCUCAGAUUCAGGUUCAGGUUCAGGUUCAUCAUCCAGUGGUUCAAGUGGUUCAGGCAGUGGUUCAGGUUCAGGUUCAGGUUCAACCCAAUUUUAA